AUGCGUAAGUGAAGCCUUUUGGCCACAGUUACUUUUUUUGGAAACUUGUUGCAGGAUUCAUGGUUGUGCCAGGAACUGGGAACAGGGAAAAAGCGUUUUUAGAAAGAAAACAGGUAAUUACUUCUUUUGAUGUAUGUCCUGUGAUGUUUUAGAAAGAUACUGUAUGUUCCGGCGUAUAAGACGACUUUUUAACCCAGGAAAAUCACCCCAAAAGUUGGGAGUUGUCUUAUAUGCCACCUGUGGAGCCACCUGUGGAGCCACCUGUUGGGAAGGAGGCGAGGGAUCCGGUGAGCAGAGGCGUCCCUUCUGCCGUCACCCCUCCUCCCUCCCCACAGAAGGGGACAUAGCCUCUGUGACGCAGCGCAAGGCCCCGUCUCUUCUGUACCGGCACAGCGCAUGUUCGUUGGCCGCCACCCUCUUCUCACCGCAGAAAGUCCUUCUGAGCGCAGUGCUCACCCGCCCACACACCCGCCUGCUGCUGCCGUUGUGGGAGCCGGAUUCGGCCUCCGCCGUGGCCACGCAGGGCUUCGCUCAGCUCACGGGCGCCAUGAAGAGCCUGCUGCGGCGAGGUGGUGCACGGCUUCGGCUGGGGCUCCAAGGAGCUGGGCAUCCCCAGAGGUGAGGGUGGCGGAGGCCGAGGCAACCACUCGUGGCCUUUUCCCGGAGGGAGGGAGGGAGCUGGGCCAGGCCUCCCUCUCUCUGGGUGGUGGGUUUCAGUUUCGUUCCACCCACCAAACACCUCGCCUCGGGCUGCUGCUGCUGCUAUGACGGCAGAGACAGUGAAAGGGUGCGCGCUCUGCCCCUGGCGGCGCUUGGCGGGCGGCCAAAUUCUAUAAUUUAA